CGGCGGCGGGGUGGGGCCGGCGCGCGCGGCGGUUGAAGCGGUGCGUGGAGCCGGCGGUCGCGGCGCAGCGACAGCGCGACCGGGGCCCGGUCGGAGCCGCUGCGCUCGGUAUGGGCCCGGCCGGGCUCCGCCGAGCCCUCGGAGUUAUAGCUGGAGUCCCUCUUGCUUUGAGAAGCAGAAUGAUUGUCUUGCAGCUCUGUUUUGAGGAGAGGGCAUAGAAGGUCUGCCACCAUACUUUCCCCAAGUACCAGUAAGAUUCCUAGAGACCCAGCAAGUCCUGAAUGUUGCUCCUUGGGUAACGUGAUCCUCUGCAGAGGAACUGUCUGAUUGUGAGACACUACUUCUACAAACAUUCCGUGUUCUCAGGUGUGUAGUAAAAAUGGUGCAGAAAUACCAGUCCCCAGUUCGAGUCUACAAAUAUCCUUUUGAGCUCGUCAUGGCAGCAUAUGAAAAGCGCUUUCCUACGUGUCCAGAGAUCCCAGUCUUCCUGGGGAGUGAAAUCUUGUAUGAAUCCAGGAGUGAGGACGGAGCUAUACAUAUCAUUGAACGGAGCUGUAAACUGAACGUGGAUGCUCCUAGGCUGCUGAAGAAGAUUGCAGGAGUGGAGUAUGUUUUUUUCAUCCAGAAAAACACAGUGAACUGGAAGGAGCGAACCCUCCACAUUGAAGCCCACAAUGAGACUUUUGCCAACCGUGUUGUCGUCCUUGAGACAUGUAGCUACUCAGUUCACCCUGAGAACGAAGAGUGGACGUGCUUUGAACAGUCUGCAUCUCUGGACAUCAAGUCAUUUUUUGGCUUUGAAAGCACAGUGGAAAAAAUUGCCAUGAAGCAGUACACUUCAAACAUCAAGCGGGGCAAGGAAGUGAUUGAACACUAUCUGAAGGAGUUGAUCUCCCAAGGGAUCACAUUCAUCCCCCGCUGGACACCUCCCCCAGUGUGCGGGCAGAAGGAUGAGCAAACACCAGCUGUUGGAUACGAUGCUGAUGACGUACCACUUGAAUCUGGGGCUUAUGGAACUACCAAAGAGCAAACUGGCAGCUCCUGCCCUCCGGCAGAGGCUGUCAGCCCUGACGCUGACAAACUGGAUGCUGAUUACAUUGAGCGAUAUCUGGGCCAGCUGACUCCAAUGCAAGAGAGUUGCUUGAUCCGCCUUCGCCAGUGGCUUCAAGGAACACACAAAGGCAAGAUCCCCAAAGAUGAACAUAUCCUUCGAUUUCUGCGGGCUCGUGACUUCAACAUUGACAAAGCUCGAGAAAUGCUCUGUCAGUCUCUGUCUUGGCGAAAGCAGUACCAGGUGGAUUACAUCCUACAGUCAUGGAGGCCCCCAGCCCUCUUAGAUGAAUACUACACUGGAGGAUGGCAUUAUCAAGACAAAGAUGGACGACCACUCUACAUCCUUCGUCUUGGCCAGAUGGACACAAAAGGUUUGGUGAAAGCUCUGGGAGAGGAAUCACUGCUGCGACAUGUUCUGUCAAUUAACGAGGAAGGACAAAAGAGGUGUGAGGAAAAUACCAACAUCUUUGGCCGCCCUAUCACAUCCUGGACAUGUCUGGUGGACUUGGAAGGGCUAAAUAUGCGGCAUCUCUGGCGACCUGGAGUUAAGGCCCUGCUUCGGAUAAUUGAGGUUGUAGAGGACAACUACCCUGAAACUCUAGGCAGACUACUGAUAGUGCGAGCGCCCAGGGUUUUUCCCGUGCUCUGGACUCUGGUUAGUCCCUUUAUCAAUGAGAACACAAGGCAGAAGUUCCUCGUUUACAGUGGGAAUAACUACCAGGGUCCAGGAGGGCUGGUAGACUACGUGGACAAAGAUGUGAUCCCAGACUUCCUGGGAGGAGACUGCAUGUGUACUGUCCCAGAAGGUGGACUUGUUCCCAAGUCACUUUAUCAAACAGAAGAAGAGCCAGAGAACUCGGAUCACAUCCGAUUAUGGACAGAAACUAUCUAUCAUUCUGCAAGUGUCCUCAGAGGAGCUCCACAUGAGAUAGUAGUGGAGAUUUUGGAAGGGGAAUCUGUCAUCACCUGGGACUUUGACAUCCUGAAGGGAGAUGUCGUGUUCAGCCUCUUUCACUCCAAACGAGCUCCUGAAACAAGUCAUAAAGAAGCCAUGUUACCAAGUACCUCUGCAGCUGGGGACAAUAUGCAGCUAAUAGAUAAGACGUGGGUCCUUGGGGUGGAUUACAGCCGUAUGGAAUCUCCACUGGUUUGCCGGGAAGGAGAGAGCAUCCAGGGAUCUCAUGUGACUCGCUGGCCUGGCUUUUACAUCCUCCAGUGGAAAAUGCAUGGCCCUCUACCCUGUUCUGGCACUAGCCUCCCUCGUGUGGAUGAUGUUCUUGCCUCUCUGCAAGUUUCCAGUCACAAGUGCAAGCUUAUAUACUACUAUGAGGUGCUUGCAUCCAAGGACUUCAGAGGAUCCAUGUCAAGCCUGGAAUCUUGCAACAGCGGCUUUUCCCAGCUGAGUGGAGCCACGACGUCUUCCAGCCAGUCCCAGAACAGCUCCCAUCUUUCUAGAUAGCAGGGCCAAGUCUAGGCCAGCAAGGAAAAAUCACUGGGGGCUUCCUGGCUGCCCUGGAGCUGCUCCGUGCACCAAACCAAAGAGCCUGCAGGGGCUGAGCCUUGAGGCAAUUGUUCGUGUGACCACAGGGAGCAGCAGUUUGGACGAAGAGAGGCUUGUGGGAGCUAUUUUAAAGACAAAAAUGUAGAAUUCAAAUGGCAGAUUUAGAAAUUUUAUAUCGGACACCUACUUCUUGGUCAUCUUUUUCACAAAUUGUGGUUUUGGAUGAACGUCGGUUUGCAUGAAUCUGUGUAUUACUCAACUUUAAAGGGCUCUUUCCAAUCUGUCCAUUUCUUACAUGUGGUAGAGGAGACUGGUGUUGCCUUAUCUGUUUGAUCUGUAGGACUAGAUUAUUCAUGUGUAGCAAAACUAAUCUAGUUUUCUGGGUGCCCAGGGUGCCAGUUACACAUCAGAAAGUAAAGUAGACAUUUCAGGUGCAGGGACUUGACGCAAACUGUAAAUACCUUACUACCGAUAGGAUGUUUCAGAAAUCAGUUCCAGGUCAAACCUAAAACCUCUUCCGAUCUGACAGAAUGCUAUUAGGAAGUGUGUUGGAUUUUUUUGUAACCCACUGAGACACAAGCCAAAAUGGUUUUCCAGAAAGUACAGGCAGAGAGCCUGCCUCCGGUAAGCACUGUCUUUCUUAAAGAUAGACUAUUUUUCCUUUUUUCCUCAGGUUUACAAGCAAUAAUGAGUAGAUCUGACCUGUCUCAUCAAAGCGGAUGGGAACUGAAUCAAGUUAUAAAGGGCUAAGAAAAGCAAUACUUUAUUUCCUGAAGGCACAAAAUUUUAUGGCAGUAUUAUAGAACUCGCUUCUUUAAAACUUGAGCUAACUUGAAGAGAAAACUUUUAAAAAAAAAAAAGGGCAUAUAUGUAUUUAAGCACUUACUGAAAUGUAUUUAUUCAAAUACUAGCUUCUUUUAAAUUGAUUUUUAACUUAUUUAUAAUUUCAAAAUGACUAUUUAUUAAAUUCAGUCACCUUUUUUAAGAGGACAAACUUUCCUAUAGAAAAGAAUAACUGAUCCCAAGAAAUCUUCCUACUUCAGUUCUAACCUUUUGUGAUCACAGGAUGUUCUUGCAUAAAGGGCUCUAUCAUACACAGCACUUGGAGUAAGGGCUUGUCAACUUUUCCUGCAAGGUAAGGUUAGAGUCCAACACUUUUUUGGACUCUAGAGGGGUGUUUCUUAGGAUUAAGAAGCAAGGAUUGAGUUCAGGAGUUGUAAGACAAUAGUGCAUCUUUGUGACACGCCAAAAAUACCAUCUUUGUCCAUAAUCUCCACUGAAUAUUCCAGAGAGUAGAUGUGUAACAAAGGUGGUGAUCCAUGAAUCAGGUUGGGUACCAAAGUUAUAUGCAGUCUUGUCUAGCUGGCAACAAAGUGACAAUGAGCAUCAGAUACUCAAUUGCCCUUAGGCAGUAUUUGCAGCUAGCAGACGCGAAGGACUUGCAGUGUGGAUGGACAUCUGCUUUCAGAUCUAGCUGUGCUGUGCGAAGACGACAUCCCCACCCGCUGGAGGUUACCUCUGCACAGAUCUGCUGCCUACAGAAGGGUUGUGAGGGUGCUGCUCCUGCAGUUGUUUGGGUUAUCCCAGCCAAGUGGCUUAUGUCACAUAACAUGGCGAAUGGGGUCUAAAACAAAUGAAUUUCCAGGUCCCUGGCUGGGGAGAGGCACAAACAAUUCUGGGCAUGGGUGUGGUGGUGGAAGUGUGGUUUCUUUCUCCAGCACAGCAAUUCAUGUAUCCAUGGCCAUGUUUCUCAGUAAAGACUUGGAGUUUCUUUCCCUCACCAAGGUUUUUACUAAGGCUGAUAGAAUCUGUGCAGCUAAGAACAACAUGUAAACUAGUUCCUCCUAACCUUACUUUUUUUAAUUACUGGUUUUGAAGCACACUGGCAAAGGAGAAAAGAGACAUGAUAUUUGGAACAACAGGAGAUGAAGAGCUUGAUGUGUUUAUGUAAGUUGCUUGGGUGCAGUUUUUUUGUUUUGGGUUUGUUUGUUUGUUUUAAAGGAUUGGAGUCGAGGAAAUUACUCUCCCACCUUGCAUCUCACUGUGAGCACAGAACAGGUAACUUAGUUAUGCAGGCCUCUGGGUAAUCUGAAAUUAGAACUUUCCCCAGUUGUUCUGUGGACUUUACCAUUUCUUCCAGAUGAAUGAAACUUUGGUCUCUAGCAUUUCAGCAUAACUGGAGUCUGAUAGAGAGGGAAAAGUACUACCUUUUGCCCUGGAAAAUCAAAAGUUCUGGAAUUAAAAGUGCAUGUGUCUAUCCCUAAUGUAAAAUCCUUUACCCAUAAUUAAUUCUGAUGCUAGAAACAAAGUUUCAGGCUGAAUCCCAGAGCAUCAAGACCAAACCCAGCCUCAUCCUCCCUGUGCUCUUUCAGGAUUUCAGCUUCCUGUGGCUUGAUUCUUACAUGGUUGGUCACAUCCCAUGGAGGUAACAUCCUGUUCCCUGUGUUUCCCUUGGUUUGCUCUGGUUAAGAAUCUCUUGCAUUGCACUGGAUUUUAUUUAUUAUUAUUAUUACUAUUAUUAUUUUAUUAUUUUAAAAUGUGUCGUGUGUUGUUCUCUUCCCACCAGUGAAAGUUUUGGGUGUCUAACUCUUGUCAGUGAGGCAUCUGGAGCUUGACACCCUCAGGCAGGUCUCUGAAUUAGCCAGGAAGAGAUGAAGGAAGGGCUGGUCGGACAGAGCAUUCCCUCCUGCUGGCUCCAGGCAUGUCGCAACCGUGGCUCUUCCUCUCGUUCCUCAGCGGUUACUGCUCUUCUGCCCCGCGAGAGAUUGCUGCAUGCAUCUGUUUGGGAAGCAGCUUGUGAUCUCUCCCUUGUCAAUUUUAAGCAAAAUUGCCUGGCUUAUUCCACCUACCAAUUUACUUAGCUACCAAUUGGAAUAGUCCAAUAUGGAUUAUUUCCCCCUCCCCCCUUUUUCCCCUGAAUUUAAACAUAACAGGAGAGAAGGGGGCAACAGCCUGGAUUUUGUGGCUGAUGCUGUGCUGUGCUUUUUAAACCUGACUUUGCGAAUUGCAGAUACAAGAGGAGCAGAAUUCUUCUAAAACACUUCUUUUUCUUUCCCCUCUCUAAAAGGACAUAGGUAUGCUUUAGGAAAUAAAACAUGCUGUUUUCUUCACAGCAACCUCUUGUGAGUUGAGACUGGGAGGGACGUUGCGUUGUGGCUCCCUGGGAGCCACUCAUCUCUCAUAAAUCUUGUAAGCCAGAACCUUGAAAAAUGGACUCCGGUUCUCGGUGCUGAGCUGGAGAUGCAGCAGGGCCCUCCUGGCUCCCCAGCAGUGUCCUGGCAGCUGCUCUUCAGUGAAGUCCGCAAGCUCGGGCUGCGCUCAGGUAACUGGCUGCUGUGUACUUAAAAAAUAGCUCCUCAGUAAAUGGAAGCUUCCCCGUUUCAAAUACUCCAUAUGCAAAACACAAUACCUACCUCAAAGAGCUGUUGCUGUGUUUAACAUGUGGUACGAGAUCUCAAGAGAAAGGAUGCUACACUGUAGGUACGGAGCGUUGUGCCAUUGUUUACAGUUGUGAAUAUGGCCAUAGGAAACCUUUAUUCUUAGCAAGUUGUACAGGUUUGCCCCAUCCUGCCAUUUAAUGGUUUCUGUCCCACCAGGACUGGGAAAGGUACACAUGCAGCAUGUCACCAGCGAGCAUGCGUUGAAGGUGGAUGUUGGACCAGACUCAGGUGAAAGCUGGAAUGCAGUAACAGAGUAAUUUUGGCUGAAUGUUUUGCUGUCUUUCAGGUUUGAAAAGGGCUUUUUCAACUGCCAGGGCCAGAACAGCUUAGCCUUGUGGAGGGACCGAGGGAGGCUCUGGCCCAGGAAGGUGCAAAAGCAGCAGUGCAGGCUUCUUUACCACUUUACCAGGGUCAAGCAGGGAGGCACUGAGGGUAUGUCCUGGUGGCUUCUCAGCUUCCUGCGCUUGCUGUCAGGGGAAGAGCAACCCUGAUUGCCAUGUUGUGAGGGAAUUUGGCAUGACAGCUGUCACCUUGGCUGUGCAGAUGUGUUUGCAGAGUUCUGGACACAACCUUCUUAACUUCAGCUCUAUGGCUGGCCCAUUUGGUUGUAUCAAUUCCCUUUCAGUUCAGGAAAAAAACCCAACUUUUAAUAAGAAUUUAUAAUCCCAAUUUGGUUUUCAUUAACAGAUGUUGACAAUGCCAUAAUCCAGUCAUCUUAAGUCUGUAACACUGCACCUCAGAAUUCCUGGUAGGAAGCAGUGAGCCCAACUGUCCACUCAGCUCAGGUGUGAAGCUGCUGGGUACUGAUGCAGUAGCUGAGGCCAGCCAUGCUAGGGUCAGAGGAAUCCCUUAUUUCAAAAUGCAUUUCACUAGCUCACACUCCUUUAACAUCUGAAACAUUUAAAUUGUGAGCCAAAUGCUGCAAGAAACAGAGCUAUUGGACUCUUAAGGACUAAAAUUGACAAGCCUUUGUCAAAGAUUCCUGCAUGCUAUUAGCUUUAAUAUUCUUCCCACAUUUGUGAUGAUUCUUAUACCUGAUUAUUUAUCUCUUGGAAGGCUAAACUAGAAUCGUGACACGCAUUGUCUUUUAAUGACAUCCACUUCCAAGCUGUUAGUUAAACAGGCAUUAAUUUUCUUUUUUUUUUUUUGCAAGCACUUUCUCUCCCUUGCAGUUGUCUUCAUUUUUAUAUAUUGAAGUCCUGAUUUUCCUCAGCCAAAAAACCCCAAACAUUCUCCAAGAGCACAAAGCAAAAUGCAGAGCGCUUUGUAACCUGUUACUUGAUCACAAAUGUACUUAGUUACAGUAUUUGUAGGUUCUGGUAGGAGCUGUACCUUUCUGUAUGUUGGAAAUAAAAAAGCAUUGUUAAAGAACAA